ACAACGACAGCGGCGCCCACACAAACACGCACAAGAGCUCAUUAUUCUGGCAUUUGACACAGAAAAGACGGGGAAACAAACUCUUGAAAAGUCCCGAACCCUAAGUUCGUUCCGUCGUCACUUCUGACUCGUCGGACGGUUGCGGUUUUCCCCCGGUGCGCCGCCGCCGCCGCCGCCGCCGCCGCUGCUGCUGCUGCUCUCUUGGUUGUAACCCGGGUGCGGCGGCUAACCGAGGCUAACCGGGGCUAACCCUCCAGGACCAGGACGCUUCUCCCGGGAACACUUUUUUCUUUAGCCGCGUCCUGAUUCUGUUGCGGGGUCGUUAUUUGAGCAGCAGCCGCACCCUCACCUCCCCUCCGUGGAGGACACAAGAGCACCGGUCACCGGGGCGGUGGAGGCAUGACUGCGUUAGCGGGGUCAAUACCCAGGAUGAUGCGACCCACGCUGGCUCAGAACUACCCCCGCAGCGGCUUCCCACUGGAAGUGUCCACUCCGUUGGGUCAAGGCCGAGUCAACCAGCUCGGAGGAGUCUUCAUCAAUGGCAGACCUUUACCCAACCACAUCCGGCACAAGAUCGUGGAGAUGGCUCAUCACGGCAUCAGGCCCUGUGUCAUCUCCCGACAGCUUCGUGUCUCCCACGGCUGCGUGUCCAAAAUCCUGUGCCGGUACCAGGAGACGGGCUCCAUCAGACCCGGGGCCAUAGGAGGCAGCAAACCCAAGCAGGGAACAACACCGGACGUGGACAAGAGAAUUGAAGAGUACAAGCGGGAAAACCCGGGUAUGUUUAGCUGGGAGAUUCGAGAUAAGUUACUGAAGGAUGGAAUAUGUGACCGCAACAACGUGCCUUCAGUGAGCUCCAUCAGCCGCAUCAUGCGGAGUAAGUUCGGGGUGAGAGGCGACGAUGAAGAGGACGAGGACGAGAUCGAGAAAAAGGAGCUGGAGGAGAACGAGCGCAGGGCCAAACACAGCAUUGAAGGCAUCCUGGGAGACAGAUCGAGUCACUCAGACGAGGGCUCAGACGUGGAGUCGGAGCCUGAUCUGCCGCUGAAGAGGAAGCAGCGGCGCAGUCGCACCACCUUCACAGCCGAGCAGCUGGAGGAGCUGGAGAGAGCCUUCGAGAGAACUCACUACCCCGACAUCUACACCAGGGAGGAGCUCGCCCAGAGAGCCAAGCUCACAGAGGCCAGAGUGCAGGUGUGGUUCAGCAACAGGCGUGCGAGAUGGAGGAAGCAGGCAGGAGCCAAUCAGCUGAUGGCAUUUAAUCACCUGAUCCCAGGGGGUUUCCCACCUUCAGCCAUGUCCAGCAUCCCUCCCUACCAGCUCUCUGACAGCACCUACCCCCCCUCAUCUAUAGCACAAGUGUCCGAGCCUCCCAGCACGGUGCACCGGCCCCAGCCCCUGCCUCCCUCCUCAGGCCACCAGGCCUCUGGUGCCGGGGGACAGGGUGAAGCAGGCUCUGCCUACUGCCUCGCCUCUGGACGCCACUCCUUCUCUGGAUACUCGGACAGCUUUGUGAGCCCCGGAGGACCGUCCAAUCCCAUGAACCCAGCCAUAGGAAAUGGCCUCUCCCCACAGGUGAUGGGUCUGCUGAACCCCGGCGGUGUUCCGCAUCAGCCCCAAAGCGACUACGCCAUCUCACCUCUGACGGGCGGCCUGGAGCCCCCCGCUGGCAUGGCGACCAGUUGCAGCCAGCGCAUGGAUCACAUCAAAGGCCUGGAGGGUCUGACCAGUGUUCCCUCCAUGUCGGCUCUGCCCUCCCUGCCCAGCUCCCAAUCCUACUGCCCCCCCUCCUACAGCUCACCAGGCUACACUGUUGACCAUGUGGCGUCCUACCAGUACGGCCAGUACGGACAAAGUAAGGUGCCCUUCCUUAUCUGAGGCCUGAAAUCACCUGAUCACAAGCUGCACACAGAUCUGUGUGUACGGCGAUGGACGUCUUUUAAUAUCCGGACCAAAUCUUUUUUCUUUCUUUUUUUUUUUUUUGAACUACCAUUUACCAGGACCAUGUUUCUCCACCGCAGAACUUAACAUGAUUAAUUCCUGGUGGAGGCGGAAAAAAAAUUGACAAAAAAAUAAAGAGAGGAGAAAAAAAAAGAAGAAGAAGGGACCACAAGAAGGAAAUAUGAGACCAAAAACAGACUGGCAAACAUUUGCUGCAUCAGUAUAGUGGAUGAACAGCAGAGACGUCAGGGCUUCAUGUGGUUGCAUCAGUGGAGGCUGUGACCAAACACACGUCUGUGCAAAGACAACAAACGCAAUUCUCUUGUCAAAGGCUGCCGCCGGCCCGCUGCACAAACAUGUUUACAUGUGACAUUCUGUGUAUCGCCAACUUACUGCCGUCAACGUAUCUGUAUCGACUGCAGGGCAACAACACGCAAACAAAGACAUGAUCUUACUGUGAUUAUAUGAGAUCUUUAUGUCCCGACACACGCAGACAAAUGAAGAACAAGGAAACAAAAAAGCUCAUGUUUGGGUUUUAUUGUAUCAGGAAGUCUAAUGUACACCACAUCUGUACUGCAGAGUUCAUUCAAACAUCCUCCUCCUCCUCCUCCUCCCUCCUCCCUGUCUCCCAGUCUGUCCUUCUGUCUCAUUGAUGUUUUCGGACGGUGAGGCAAAGGAUCCUGACCCUUUUGUAGUUUUAGAGAGGAGGUCAGAGGGUGACUUUAGGGAAAGUGACAGAUGAGAGAGCUGUGGAAGACGUGGCUGUAAAGACGAAG